AGAGAGAGAGAGAGAGAUUACCGCACUCCUUUAACGGGGUGCACCAUUUCACUCCGCUCCACUGUGCGCGUAAAAAAGACAACGGGCUCCAAAAAAAAGGAGAGAGGAAGAGUAAGAAAUCUAGAGAGACAGAGAAAGAGAGAGAGAGAGAGAGUCCUUGAAUUGCCACUUAAAGCAAUUGGCUAUGUCCAGCGCUCAGUUUUCGCAAUAUUUUCCUUGUACAACUAUCUAAAGGUUGGCACACUCUCAUGGUUUUACCUCCCGUAGGAUGGGAUUAACUUUGUCCGGAAGAUACAUCUCACUGGUGCUGGCUGUACAAAUAGCAUAUUUGCUCCAGACUGUUGGAGCGUCGGGGAAAUGUGACACCGUGUUUAAGGGCUUCUCAGACUGCCUGCUUCAGCUGGGAAACAACAUGGCCAGCUAUCCACAGGAUCUGGACGAGAAGGAGAACCUGCAAACGAUCUGCACAUAUUGGGACGACUUCCACUCGUGUGCCACCACAGCACUGGCAGACUGCCAGGAGGGAGCGACGGAGCUGUGGGAGAAACUCAAGAAGGAGUCCAGAAACCUGGAGUUUAAAGGCAGUUUGUUUGAACUGUGCGCUGGAGGAAACGACGCCAGCACACCAUCAGCCUCUCCAACCGGGCUCAUCAUGCUGCUCAGCUCCCUCUCCAUUCUGCUCACAUGGAUCCAGUUUUAGCGCACAACACGAAACCGAGAAGAUCAACACAAAGACAUUUUUAGCUCACACGAAAAGAAGAAGACGGGAAACCUUGGGUGGGGGGAUAAAAAAAAGAAGAAAAAAACAACAACAACCGAGUGCUCUAUCACCAUGACCAUAUCAAGAAAAAUAAAUAAUAGCCUAAAAUAUGACGAUCAGAAAUCAUAUUAAGCCAAAAUGGAAUUAUUACAGCGCCUCAUCUGGAGAAGACGACUUGGUUCUGCUGUAGACAAUGGCAAUAAGGCGUCUUCAGGGAAUGCUCUCCAUCUGCCUGACCUGGGAGUCCACUUCAUCAAAUAUUUAACAGAUGUCGAUUGAAAAUCACGGUCAUUUUUUUGAUGAUCAGUUUGUGGAAAUACAUUAACGCCUGCAAAACAAGUAAUUAUAACUGUAGGCUUGAUAAUCUAUCAUGCAUAGAAAAAUAAAUAUCCUGACAGACAGACAGACAGACAGACAGACAGACACACACACACACACACACACACACACACACACACACACACACACACACACACACACACACACACACGAGCCAAAUUACACUCCACUGGCAGGAGGUGUUCAGUUAUUGUCAAAUAUUUGGAUUUUUUUUUAGUUGCCAAAUUUAUAACGCCAACAUAAUGUUAUAAUGGAGAAAACGCGCGAACACUGCAGAAAACAGAUAGGGGACGAAGGAAAACACUCCAAUAUUUUGAUUGCCAUCUCUAAUAAUGGUAGAAAGAUAAUAACACCACUAAUAAUAAAACCUCAGGAAUGAUUUUAGGCAUUUAAAUGGAUAGUUCAAUCGAACAGGUUAAUGCGGCUUACAGUGAAUGAAAGCUAGGUACUUAUUAUGUGCAUAUUGCACAAUGCUAAUUGGUGGCUGUUCACUUUCAUACACUGUUAGUAACAUUAGCAUUUUUGAAGGAAUUAUUCUUUAAUCGAUGGUAGAUUGUAUGUUCUAUAAAGGUAGAAAAAUUUGGAAAGAUGUUAGAAGUCAAAUGUAGCGAGAAAUAAUGGUAAAUGAUUAGACUGUUGACCAGUGUUUCAACCAUUCCAAGAUUUAUUUUUAUUAUUUUUUUAAACAAAAAUUAUUUAGGGAAUUAUUUAAGGAUAGAGAGAGAGAGAGAGAGAGAGAGAGAGAGAGAGAGAGAGAGAGAGAGAGAGAGAGAGAGAGAGAGAGACUUUUAGGUUGUGAUAAAUAUUGGAGCACUAAAGUGAUACGCCCAAAACCGCAUACCACCGUACCAAAAAAAAAAAAAUUAUAAUUAUAAUAUUU